AUGACGUCUCCCUCGUCGCAACCACAAACUUUGUCCUUUAGUGCCAAAUUUGACCCCUCAAAUCCUCUAGAAUUUCUCAGCAAAGCAUUCAAAUUGGUGGCGCAAAGAAGUAACUUUCUUGAAAAGAACACUGCGGAGAAGGAGAUUGUCUUGGCGGCACGCACAGCCAAAGAGACCGUCUUGAACGAAAAGAAAGACAGACAAGUCAAAACCACGGAAGAGAAAAAGAAGGUUGCACUUGCAGUGGUAGAGAAGAAAGACAAGGAAGUGGAAACCAACGAAGACAAAAAGAAGCCACAGCAAAACGAUGGCAAUGGCAUGGAUUUAGAAAAUUACUCGUGGCAACAGACCACUACGGAGAUCAUUAUUAUUCCUCCUGUGCCUGCUGGAAUGAAAUCUGAAAAUAUUGAUUUAACGAUAAAGGAGAACCUUCUGAAAAUUAAAUUCAGAGGCCAUUCACCUAUUAUCAAUGAUUAA